AUGCUGCCGGUGGCAGUUAACCCACGCUUCGGCGAGCACGCCGUGCCCACGCCUGUGUUCGCAGCAGCGGCUGCCGCGAGCACCUUUGCUCUGCUGCAGCACGGGCCGACGAACUGCGAUGAUGCCCGUCGGCGUGAACACGGAUGGCCAAGUUCAGCGCCGCAGCACGGAGGCGAGCUGCUCCGGCGCCUGCACAGCAUGGACACAUGUGCAUUGCGAUGCCAGCGGGGAAAAAGCACGCGUUGUCUCCACGGUGCGUCCGCUGCGGCAGGGCUAUCCGUAUGGUCGGCCGGGCCCGCACUGUGCAAAUCGAUAGUGAUUUUUUGGAAGUCAUUUGUGCCAUUCGUGAUGCUGGGCCAGGGGAUGUGCUCAUGA